AAAGAGACAGAUUAUCUUCUCAAAACAGUUCUGUAACACUACCCUGACCAUGGAGUAUCACUUUGUUCCGCCUGAGGAGCGCGCGCGGGACGAAAAGGGAAACAUUCUGCCCUGGGGCUAUGUUUACAAAGACGAAUCCCGCAACCCCCGACGACCACCUGAGGAGACUGGACCGUUCGGACGAAGGAGAAAUGCCCGCUACGAAACCGCACGAUCACGGACACGUACCGGGACACCAGCGAAGAAAGAGAACGUCAACGUUGCAGAGUUUGGACGGCUGUUCGCACAACAACAGGAUGAGGAAAAGACUCACCACACCUUGCCCAAGUCGUCGUCCGCAUCGAAUCUCGACAAUAAGACAGAAAAAGUCGCGACAGAAUGCAUACUCUACGGAUACAGAAGCAAGGAUUCGGAGUGGAAGGUGAUUGAUAAAUACGAGAGGAUUUCGCGAGGCUUGAUUUGCGAGGACUAUCCACGCAGUGAUCCCAACUCUUCUGGAUACUCUCAGAUGUUGAGUGGUGGUGAUGUGGUUAUUCGUGCGAAUUUGUCUGCCGAUGCGAACCGCAAGUCGAAGCGAUAUGCAGGAGGCUUUCACUGGAUUAAGAUCACGUUCGAUUCUACGAACGCAGCGGACCGUGCUUGCUUCUUCUCGCCACAGGAGAUUGACGGCCAUCUUGUUCACUGUGAAUUGUACCAUGGGUCAGGGCCGACAGAGGACAUUCCUAUUCCGAAGGAGUCUGCAGCAGCAGGCCGUAAAGCUUCACGAACCUUGACUACUUCUCAUUCGACGAACUUCCUGCAGAAUCAGGUCAACGAACGACAUACCUUGCCGCGAUCUUUCGCAGUGAACAACUUUUCUAACGCUCUCGACAAUGAAGACGACGAGUCGCAAAUUUCCUCGACCAAUACCGCAAGCUCAGCCACGGCAACCGGUUUCGAGCAACCUGCUACGCCUACCCUCCACCAACGACAACAAUUUCAACCUCAACCCCAACCCCAACCUCAGCCUCAACCCCAAGAACCUAAACCAGAAUCAGAAUUUAUGACACACAUCCCGACAGUGCGUCGGACGAAACUUCGACCGUUGACUGAAGCCCUUCCUCCUCAACCCACGGUUACCGAGCGCGUCGUCCGAUCGAUCCCGAUCCUCAGCUGGUUUACAGGUGAUAUCGUUGGCGACGGGCCUCUGCUUCGCGAAGACGGAACAUUUGAUUACGACAAUUCCAACGUGUACUGGCGUUUUUGGUACACGGUUGACUUGCUCAUUGGGACGGACAUGUGUGGACUGAAGGAAGAAUCAUGAAGCUGGG